AUGGCAGAAGAAGUGAUCAAUUGCUUAGAGAACAUGAAGUUGACAGCGGAUGAAGAAGUUACGAUAACCAUCUCUGAUGAAGGUCGACGAUUGGAGAUCGAAAGUUGCACUCUGAGUUUGAUUGGUAAGUUUCUUACGUGCAAACCUUUUAACAAGAAGGCGGCGAAAAAUACACUUAGGAGAGCUUGGGGACUAGAAGAUAAGGUGCAAAUAGUUGAAGUGGGCACUAAUCUCUUUCAAUUCAAAUUCAACAUAGAGUUUGAAUUGGAAAGAAUCCUAAGAGGUGGUCCCUGGUCAUUUGAUAACCAGUUGCUCAUGCUCAUACGGUGGAAAAAAGGGAUGAAAGCGGAAAAUGUCCAACUUGAGCAUGCUACACUUUAG